AUGGCGAGAACGCCGGUGGCUCUCUCCUUGGCCGCGGCGGCGGCGCUCCUCCUCCUCGCCGUGUCGGCGGCGGCGGGGGAGGAUGGCAAGCAGCAGCAGCAGGAGCAGGGACAGGGACAGGGGUACACGCAGCCUGCGUACCGGCAGCCGGUGAGCGGGCUGCAGCCAGGGUACUACCAGCAGUCGUGCCCGGACAUGGAGGGCGUUGUCCAGCGAGCCGUCAAGAAGGCCAUCGCCGCCGACUACACCCUCGCCCCGGCGCUCCUCCGCCUCUUCUUCCACGACUUCGCCGUCGGCGGGGUCGACGCGUCCGUGCUGGUCGACGCGCCGGGGAGCGAGAGGUACGCGAGGGCGAGCAAGACGCUGCGCGGCUUCGACCUGAUCGACUCCAUCAAGAAGGAGCUGGAGGAGAAGUGCCCCAGGACCGUCUCCUGCGCCGACAUCCUCGCCGCCGCCGCCCGCGACGCCAGCGCGCAGGUCGGGGUGGACUACUGGCAGCUGGCGUACGGGCGCAAGGACGGGCGAAAGUCGAGCAUGGUGGACGCCGACCAGUACGUGCCCAUGGGCCGCGAGAGCGUCACCGACCUCGUCGCCUUCUUCGAGUCGAGGGGGCUCAACGUGUUCGACCUCGUCGUCCUCUCCGGCGCGCACACCGUCGGCCGCGCCACGUGCGCCGCCGUGAGGCCGCGCCUGUGCGGCUACCAGGGCACGGGGAAGCCCGACGCCGCGCUGGACGCCCGGUACGCCGACUUCCUGCGGCGCAAGUGCCGGAGCGGCGGCGGCGACGACGCCUACGUGGAGCUCGACGCCGAGACGCCGACGACGUUCGACAACCGGUACUACCAGAACCUCCUCCACGGGAUGGGCCUCCUGGAGACGGACCAGAAGUUGCUGCCGGACUCGAGGACGGGGGAGUUCGUCCGGGAGCUCGCCGCGCAGCCGUCGCUGUUCAGCCACCAGUUCGCCAAGUCCAUGGCCCGCAUCGGCGCCGUGCAGGUGCUCACCGGCAACGAAGGCGAGGUCCGCCUCAAGUGCUCCGCCAUCAACGGCCACUAAUUACCAUGUCGAUGUCGAAUUAUCGAUCGAUCGAUCCAUCCUUUGAGCAAAGCAUGGACGCUUAAUCAUGUGACUGGUUUUCCAUAUUUUGGUUUCUUUCAGGAGAAAAAAAAAACCAAACCAAUGCUUGUGUUUUGGGGCUUAAUCCACUUUCAAUUUGUUCGUUGAUAUCUUUGAUCUGGUUUUGUAUGAUGUAAGACAGAAUCUUCUUUUAUGCUUAAUCAUGAU